AUGAAUACGCGCGAUGAUGACGGACGGCCCCGGAAGCGUGCUCGAAAGUCGCGCGGCAAAGGGUUGCGAACUACUACUGGUUGUCUGACUUGCAGGAAGCGCCAUAAGAAGUGUGAUGAACAGCGGCCAGUGUGUGGCCCUUGUUCCAUCUCGGAUCGACAUUGCGCAUUUCCCCAGAGUCUGGAUGCAACAUCGCCUUCGGAGACGUCAGCCCCAAAUUCACCAAGAGCCAUUGCUACCACAAGUACCUACAACCACCGGCAAGUGAAUUCGGCUGAAAAUCAUGGAAAUUCGUCGCUGGAUGCACCCCAUUCUGAGCAAAAUGGCGUCUCCAACAACUUUGCGAGCCACAUGGGCGGCGAAACCCUGCCCACCGGUGAUGAGCAACUGGCGGUAGCACCAAGCAACGGCGGCUUCAUAUGUUCUCCUGAGUCAAUAUCGUCUGAGGCUUGGUCCGCAAAUUUCGCCUCCAUUCGCUGGCUGGAUCUUUUGGCGACCGAUGCAGCACAAGCAGAUAGUAACUUUCCCCUUACCACCGGUCCCGCGCUUACCGAUGGACAGACUCGAGGCGCCAGGCUGGCUCGAGCGACUGCGAUAUCUGUUCACGUAUCUCCUGCACUUUUGAAUGGCCAAGCACAACUCCCAGAGGAUCUAGACCCUGAGUUUGAGCGUACCACGUGGCAAUCUGUCGGAGACGUGGUGCUGUCUGCACACGAGGCCAAGUUGUUCCGGCACUUUGCCGAUCGUUGUGCGUCUUGGCUCGAUGUGUUUGACCCGCAUAAGCUGUUUUCCAACUAUGCUAUUCGGUUGGCUAUCCGAAAUACUGGCUUGAUGAAGGCAAUUCUUGCCUUGUCUGCGAAGCACAGAUUUAGCGGUAUCGAUGACGUGGCCCGUCAGUUGCGGACGGAUGCUGAUGGAGAGUUCGAGGAAGGAGAAUGGAUUCGCUAUUACUAUGAGACGCUACAGUACGUACGGGAAACUUUGAAAUACCCUAGCUAUUCCCACUCUGAAGAGCUCCUCGCUACUGCGCUUGUCAUUUCAGCUUAUGAGAUGCUUGACGAGUCAGACGGGUCUGGCAACUGGCAACGCCAUCUUAAGGGAAUAUUCUGGAUUCAAAGAUCUCAGGACGUCGACGGCGGUUGUGGCGGUCUUCGUCAGUCCGUUUGGUGGGCUUGGCUCCGCCAGGAUAUCUGGGCGGCUUUCCGCGAGUCGCGAGCUUGCCUCAGCUUCUGGGUGCCGUUCAAGGCUAUUCAUGAGCUUGAUCAGAAUGAGCUGGCCGAUCGAUCCAUUUACAUUUUGUCACAGGCUAUAAACUAUCGGGCAAGCGUUCAAGCCGCCGCUGCUGGAUCGACAACGGCGAAUCAUAUGGACCAGAUGCAGUUAAGCAAGCAGAGGGACAAACUGCUGUCUAUGAUGGAGCAAUGGAAGUCGUGCCUAGGCGAUGAAUACAAAGUGCUCCCAACGCCGACUGAUGCUGCUGGCGAUGUUUUCACUCCGCUUUGGAUUCACCCGCCUCGCUUCGGGGUCGCCUUGCAAGUACACAGCUUUGCACAGAUUAUCGUUACGCUUCACAGUGUCAAUCCCGCAUUGGCAGGAUUCAAUGGGUAUUUGAAGAUGCAGCGAACGCUUUCCGAGGCAGUGAACACAAUAUGCGGCAUUGCCACGCAGCUAAGAGAUGAAAGUUGUCAGAUUUUGUCUGCACAAUGCUUAUAUGGGGCAGGACUCUGCGUCGCUGAUGGCAAAAAGAGGAACAAGAUUAUAUCCAUGAUGGAAGACUGCGAGAACCGUACGAGCUGGGCUCCAAUGGCUACCUGGCGGGAAGACUUACGCCGGGAGUGGGAGCGGGCUGACAAAAACGACUUUGAAACCAUGGGUGAUGGAUGA